AUGUCGGUUUGUGCCAUCUCUUAUGCUGAAAAAACCCAUUUACUUCCCACUUACGGGUGGAGAAAACGAUUCGAUGAGUGCCCACCGAAAAACGCGGGUCCGAAUAAACUCCGAUUUGGCAUUCUAAUGUCCAAUCUUCCGGAUAUACCAAGGUACAUAAUCAAAUCCCAAAUACCAACCGAAUACCGGAAGAAACGUUUACUGCCGAUAGACAUACUUAACCCUCUGACUGUACCGUCUACCUACGGCGUUCCAUUAGGGGGCAUUGGGUGCGGUACGAUCGGUCGUGGUUAUAAAGGCGAAUUUUGUCGGUCAAGUCUUAUACCUGGUCGUUUUAAUUAUGACGUCGGUGUGGCUGAUCAGUUCAUCCUCACCGUAUGGAAAGACGGAACUUGUGUGUAUCAUCAGGUUCUUUCGACUUCUGGGCCGGCUAAAGGUGUGCAAGGCCUUCAUUCGUGGAAGUGGUCAAUGUCGCCGCAGGUGGGCAACUUCAUUGGCCUCUAUCCGCGCUCGUGGACGGUCUAUGAAUUCCCGGAAUUGAAGCUCUUGCUGAUAUGCAAACAAGUUUCUCCAGUUAUUCCUGAAGACUACAAAGAUAGUUGUCUCCCAAUUGGAGUCUUUCACUGGACUGCCCUCAAUUUUGAUCCAGAAAGCGACGUCAAACUAUCCAUUACAAUGACCUGGCGGGGUCCCAGAGCACCCAAACGACCGCUCCCACCAAAGGUGGGCGCAGCGGGCGCCGUGUGUGCAGAGAUUGGACACUUGCGAAAGCACAAAGAUGACGAGUUCACAUUCCCAUUUGACGAUUCCGAUAACCAACUCUCCGGAUGUCUACUGGAGACUUUCAUCGAUGACAUGCCCUGCUGCUUCGGCGUUGCAGCCAAAUCAACCGACAAGGUGGAGGUUUCGCGUUGUAUGGGUUUCACUCUUGGCUGCAAAGGUGCUGGUAGCGCUAGCAGCAAGCAAAAGACGACUGGUAAGGAGUCGUAUCGGUCUCCAUGGGGUAUCACGACCCACAGCAUGGCCUCCGCUCACGAUGCCAUCAGUUCAAGCAAACUUUGGACUGACUUGGGCCAGGAAGGUCAUCUGGCCUUCGAAAAUACUGGCUACUACGUGGAGAGGAAGGACAAGAACCAUCCUCUGAUCGGCGUUGCAGUUUGUGCCUCUUUCAAGGUGGUUGCUGCUGCCGGAGGUAAGGAUGACUUGGUGCCCGGCCAGGAGGCCUGCGACUUCUUCCUCACCUGGCACAUGCCACGGGUGCACUUCAGAUCAGCCCUGGUUGCUUACAGGAGGCGUUAUGUGCGCUGGUUUUCCGAAGACAUCAUCAGAGGGGCGAGCGAGCUUCUCAUCUAUGCUUCGAGGAGAGCACAUCUCUGGGACGAGGCCAUUGAAUCAUGGCAAAGCCCCAUUCUUCAAGAUAGUCGUUUUCCGACCUGGUACAAGUCAGCUCUCUUCAAUGAACUAUACUACAUCGCCGACGGAGGUACGGUGUGGUUGGACCCCCUACCCGCGGAGGGAUCAGCAGGAGUUAUAGCAGAGGGCGAUGGCUCUGCGGCAAGCAGCAGUAACGGCGUUACUGGUGGUACGGAGGAGCUGUGCUCUCCGCUGGAGAAUGUGCGCCGUCGCAACCCCACUGUUCGUUGCCGUCGACCUGCCUAUUACUCCACCAAGGCCCCCGCCGCGGGUGACAAUGCUCCCGCCGACGUUGCUGAAAUCGAGUUGAUUCGUGCCCGAGUCAACUUUGGUAACGAAAUGGGACUCUUUGCUUAUCUCGAAGGCCAUGAAUACCGCUUGUACAACACGUACGACGUGCACUUUAACGCCUCAUGGGCCCUCCUCAAACUCUGGCCUAGGCUGCAGCUGGCAAUCAACUACGACCUGGCCGAUAUGACUGCCAGCGAGGACCGCUCUCCCAUGAAGCCGGUGUUCAGGGGCACUCAUGACAAACAUCGCAUCCUCAGCUACGCCCUCUCGGUGCCUCAUGACUGCGGGGACCCCGAAGAUGAGCCAUGGUACCGCGUGAACGCCUAUACUCUCCGUGCUACUGACGAGUGGAAGGACCUCAACCCCAAGUUUGUGCUUAUGACUUGGCGCGACUGGAAGGUCACUGGCGACGAUGACUACCUGUUCUACAUGCUCCCGCUCAUUGUGGCUAUUAUGGAAGGCUGUCUUGAAAAAUGGGAUAAGGACGAAGAUGGAAUAAUUGAAAGCGCUAACUUUCCAGAUCAGACUUACGAUAUGUGGAAGGCUGUUGGCCUCGGUGCUUAUAUUGGGAGCAUUUGGCUUGCAGCGCUUUAUGCGACCAAGGAUAUGAUUUCGUACACCCUUUCGAAGGAACAAAAUCCUGUCAAGAACGAAACUCUAUCAGGGCAGGAGCACAAAUUCGGCGAACUCUUAUCCAAGGCGAAAACCAACUAUUAUGAGAAACUUUGGAAUGGAUGCUUUUACCGCUACGACAUGCAUGAUAGCAAGGCUAAUCCCGCCAUCAUGGCCGAUCAAAUCUGCGGCCACUGGCUGCUGCGUACUUGCGGAGCCCCUGCGGAUGCAAUUCUACCGGAAAACACAAUCCCCCUCACGAUUGAUUCGGUUGUCAGUAAGAAUUGGCGAUCAGUGCUCGAUGGAGAAAUGGGUGCUAUUAAUGGAGUCCGCAAGAAUGGCAAAGUGGUUUCCAACGUCCAAGCUGAGGAGUUUUGGGUGGGCACCAACUACUGCCUUGCCUCCCUUUUCAUACUAGAGGGGAUGCCGAUCAAUGGAUUCGACCUUGGCGGUGCCUGCUACAAAACAGUCUACGAGAACCUAGGCCUGCAAUAUCAAACACCUGAGGCCUACACAAUGGAGAAGGGCUACCGAUCUCCGGCAUACAUGCGCCCCCUCUCCAUCUGGAGCAUCCAGCACUCGGCUGAUUUGAGACAUCUCUGCCACAAUGGGUCCAGUCCCGCCCGCACCACCGACUAG